AAGGGCGUCACGUGACGGCUGGCCCCGCCUCUUCCUCUCGGUCCCAUAUUGAACUCGAGUUGGAAGAGGCGAGUCCGGUCUCAAAAUGGAGGUAAAACCGCCGCCCGGUCGCCCCCAGCCCGACUCCGGCCGUCGCCGCCGCCGCCGGGGGGAGGAGGGCCAUGAUCCAAAGGAACCAGAGCAAUUGAGGAAGCUGUUUAUUGGUGGUCUGAGCUUUGAAACUACAGAUGAUAGUUUAAGAGAACAUUUUGAGAAAUGGGGCACACUCACAGAUUGUGUGGUAAUGAGAGACCCCCAAACAAAACGUUCCAGGGGCUUUGGUUUUGUGACUUACUCUUGUGUUGAAGAGGUGGAUGCAGCAAUGUGUGCUCGGCCACACAAGGUUGAUGGGCGAGUAGUGGAACCAAAGAGAGCUGUUUCUAGAGAGGAUUCUGUAAAGCCUGGUGCCCAUCUAACAGUGAAGAAAAUUUUUGUUGGUGGUAUUAAAGAAGAUACAGAAGAAUAUAAUUUGAGAGAUUACUUUGAAAAGUAUGGCAAGAUUGAAACCAUAGAAGUUAUGGAAGACAGGCAGAGUGGAAAAAAGAGAGGAUUUGCUUUUGUAACUUUUGAUGAUCAUGAUACAGUUGACAAAAUUGUUGUUCAGAAAUACCACACUAUUAAUGGGCAUAAUUGUGAAGUGAAAAAGGCCCUUUCUAAACAAGAGAUGCAGUCUGCUGGAUCACAAAGAGGUCGUGGAGGUGGAUCUGGCAACUUUAUGGGUCGUGGAGGAAACUUUGGAGGUGGUGGAGGUAACUUUGGCCGUGGUGGAAACUUUGGUGGAAGAGGAGGCUAUGGUGGUGGAGGUGGUGGCAGCAGAGGUAGUUACGGAGGAGGUGAUGGUGGAUAUAAUGGAUUUGGAGGUGAUGGUGGCAACUAUGGUGGUGGUCCUGGUUAUAGUAGUAGAGGAGGUUAUGGUGGAGGUGGACCAGGAUAUGGAAACCAAGGUGGUGGAUAUGGUGGUGGAGGAGGAUAUGAUGGUUACAAUGAAGGAGGAAAUUUUGGUGGUGGUAACUAUGGUGGUGGUGGGAACUAUAAUGACUUUGGAAAUUACAGUGGACAACAGCAAUCAAAUUAUGGACCCAUGAAGGGGGGCAGUUUUGGUGGAAGAAGCUCUGGCAGUCCCUAUGGUGGUGGUUAUGGAUCUGGUGGUGGAAGUGGUGGAUAUGGUAGCAGAAGGUUUUAAAAACAGCAGAAAAGGGCUACAGUUCUUAGCAGGAGAGAGAGCGAGGAGUUGUCAGGAAAGCUGCAGGUUACUUUGAGACAGUCGUCCCAAAUGCAUUAGAGGAACUGUAAAAAUCUGCCACAGAAGGAACGAUGAUCCAUAGUCAGAAAAGUUACUGCAGCUUAAACAGGAAACCCUUCUUGUUCAGGACUGUCAUAGCCACAGUUUGCAAAAAGUGCAGCUAUUGAUUAAUGCAAUGUAGUGUCAAUUAGAUGUACAUUCCUGAGGUCUUUUAUCUGUUGUAGCUUUGUCUUUUUCUUUUUCUUUUCAUUACAUCAGGUAUAUUGCCCUGUAAAUUGUGGUAGUGGUACCAGGAAUAAAAAAUUAAGGAAUUUUUAACUUUUCAAUAUUUGUGUAGUUCAGUUUUUCUACAUUUUAGUACAGAAACUUUAACAAAAUGCAGUUUUGAAGGUGUUUCCUUGUGAGUUAACAGUAAAGAAGAUCAUUGUUAAUUACUAUUUUGUAUGAAUUUUGCUAAAAUUAACUGUAAAGAAACACCUGCUGACUUGCAGUUUAAGGGGAAUCUAUUCUCCCCAUUUCCAAACCAUGAUAUGAAUGGGCGCUGACAUGUGGAGAGAAUAGAUAUUUGUAUGUUUGAAAUGUGUGUUUUAGAUAAAUAGGAUUGGGUAUUUAAAUUAGCGUAUUUGUGAAUUUAAUAGCACUAAGAUUAUCUUCAAAUGAAAUAUCUCAAAAUUCCUAUUUGGUUUUUGUGCAUUUUCUUUCACAAUGUAAUCAUGAUUUUAGUGUGUUAGAUUUGCCGAGUCCUAGCUGUGUUUAGAACAUCUCCGUUCUACAUUUACCUUGGUCACAUUUAAACUGCUGCCAUAGUUUUUGGGUGUAAAGGAUGUCUGCUGCCCUCUAUUUAAAUUCUGAAAAAGGGUAGUGGAUGUUCUCCCCCUCCAAGCUUAAAAAAACAUUGUUAACUUAUUUAAGAUAAGGUCCACUAAGCCUGCUACAUUGGAGUAAAUAAGUGGGUAUCUGUUUUGUUUUCUUUUUAAAGCACAUGAGGCCCAUAUAUCUUGAUUUAUUUUCCUUGGUUUAAUUUUCCCCCCCUUGAUAAAGCUUUCAUAGCAAGAGAAUAAAAAUCAUGCUACUGAACCCUCAACUGGCUGGCAUGCUUUCCUGAUUUUGCCCUAUACAUUUUGCUGAAUAAAACCAAGGAUAGUUUAGGUAUAAUUGUUGAAAAUAACUCAAUGCAGCAGAAAUGUAGCACAGUUGCUUAGUACAAGCUUCUCACUUCCCAAAGACCUGAAUUCCAAAUUUGGAUAGCCUGAGUUUUUUCUUAAAUUCCCAAAGAACACAUUGUUAUUCUUUAUGUAUAUUUCAACCUAAAUUAUGUUGGUGUGAGUUAUCAAUUUGUUUGGAAGACCAUGAUUGAGAAGAGUUAUAGAUGAUAACAAGGUCAUAUAUACAAAAACCAAUGUUUACUGUUUUGCGCCAGCUAGUGCUUAAAAUUUCAUUCAAGCCCUAAGUAUGUGCCCUGCUGUUAUUCUUUCUUUCUUUGGUAGUUGAACAUUGAAUUCAAGAUUUUUACUUGGUUUUAAAAGUACUAAGCAAAACAAGCAAUAAAAAGGGGAAUGGGGCGUGCUAGUGUUUGAAUAUGCUCUCUUGUUGCUCUAAUUCUGUGCCUCUGUGCAUUAUUAAUAUUUGGAUGCAUGCAAUGCCAGCAUGGAAAUCGGUCUUCACAGAUACUGCAGUUUUCCAGAAAACACUCACAAACCAAUAAAUGUAACAGACAACAUUCCAUUUGUUAAUGGGCAUAUGUGAAUAAGCAGUGUAGAAAAUAGGCUAAUAUUAGAAAAUGGUUAAGUCCUUAAUAACUUCAAGUGUGGUUAUAUAAAUGGACACUGUCAAUGUUCAUAACUUAAAACCUUGGGUACCUGGUCAAACUAAUGCUUGGGAAACAUUUUAUUAAAAUUGAGCUAAAUUGUCUCAAGUUUUUUUAUUCACAUAAUAAAGGUUGAAAGAAUGGGGGAGAUUAACAUUUUCUGUUUUUAUGUUUGUGAAAAAUUGUUUGACACAACCUUGACAGUAUCCUUUAAUGGCAUAUGAGGUUAAUUGUACUGUUAAUGAACUUUGUAUGUUCUGGAACUAGUUCAAUAGUGAAUACAUUUUCAGUAAGUCAAUGUUUGCAACCUAUAAGCAGGUGAAAUCUGUGUAUGUGACCUGUUUAUAAGUUGUAUUAGCUUAGUUUUUGUGAACAGUGUGGAAAAGUAAGCCAUGAGGAGAGCGAUUUAACCAGCUUUAAAGGACCUAAGAUGUGCUUUUUAAGCACAGUGUGGAUCAAAGGAAACUGACUAAGACAGGACUUCAGCAGCCUUUUGAGUAUGGACAAGUCAGCAUAAAUAAAGAAUGACAAGGCAGCAGCAAGAGCUUCAACUACUGAGAAGUGAAGGCAUAAGAUACUAUGAUGAUAGUAAGCAACUUUCCAAAAGCUAGUUAAAUCUGCUUAUUACAACUGAAAUAUCGAAGAAAGUAGCAGGAAGGAGCUCUUCGCCUUUUGGAACAUCAAUGAGAGAUAGUUGCCACAGUCACUAGGUCUAGCAUUUAGACCUGCAAGGAAGGGCAAUAAGGAUUAGGUAAGGCUUGAAUUUGAAUUUUUUCACUAAUUAAAGAGUAAUUUUUUGUAAAGCAAGGUAAGAGUAAUCUUUUUGAUUUGCAGGUUGAAUGAGAACCCUACUUGCCUAAAUGAGGAAUGUCUUUCCUACCAUCUUAAAUACGAAGGUUUCUGGCUGGGUAAGGUUUGUAGCUCACAGUAAAAAUUGAUGACACCAUUUAUUUCCCUACAAAUCUAUAUUACAUAUUUUGGAAUUUCAUCCCCUUUCUAGUAGGUACAUUGGCAAAAUUAUAAAGCUGAAAACUUGGUACCACGUUCAACAUGUGUUAAACCUAGGACAAUUUUUAAAAUUCUGAAAUGGCCACAAGUGUUCAUCUUGAUGCAGAUGUGGCCCCUUCAUGUAUACAAUUCAUUAAUAUCUUUAGGUUCAAGUCAGUUUUUGGUAAGGGAAAAUACUUCUGUGGAAACAGUUUUUGUAACAUACAUGACUGAUGCGUUAAGCUGUCAAUCCUCACGCCAGGAAAAAUACCUUCAAAUGAAUUUACAGCAUUACCAGGUGGUAUGGUUUUCUUCAUUCAGGUGGCCUCAUGUAUAAGUUCUCUUGCAUAUAAAUUCAGGGAAUUAUUUGAACAAAUAGGAUAAGCUUGGUUUUGUUCAUUCUCGCUACUCUUAGCUAGAAGCAAUGGAGGCCUAAUUAAACAAAUGAAAUUACCUCUUUUCCCAAAGAAUUAUUUGGUUACUAUUCAGAUCAGUUGCUGAUUGUACAUAAGGGCUAUUUUUGCUGCCACAAUAGGGCUUGUUAAAACUUGAGGUUUAAUUUACUUUUUAAUAGAAUAACAAUUUCAGGGGGACAGUUGCUCAAAACACUAGUUUCUAAGAUGUGAGUUUAUUUCCUUCAUGAAUGAGAGUAGUGAGUUUGCCAUAAGGUUUAAGGAAAAAGGUUAGCUCUUAUCUAAAUUAGGACCGAAUAAUUCAUAGAAUUGAGUUAAAGGUAACAGCCUCUUAAUGAUAAAAUUCCUUCACAACAUGGUUUAGUAGAACAAAUUUAAUAAGAUAGGAAACAUUUUAAAAGCAUUCUUUCCAGUUCAUUUAUGAAAUAAAAGGAAUUUUUUAAAAAUGUAGUUCCACUGUCAUUUCUGAAAAUUCCAUAUUGUCUGUCUGUCUCUUUUUUUUUUUUGGUGUUGCUGGGGUUGGAACCCAGGGCCUUUUUUUCUGCAUGAUAGGUAAGAGCUUUACCACCGAGCUACACCCCAGCCUCUCCAUGUUGUCUUUAACUUGUAACACCAAUAAAGUAAGGAAAUGGGAAAUGGUUGAGGCAAACUUCACACUGAUAUUAAACUUGCAGAUUAUUCCUUUCUUAAAAGCUGAGGUUACUUAAACUUGUGUCCUAUGGGAAGAUAUUUGGUAAAAUCCGUUUGUUCAGGGACUAAAUAGAAAUAAAUUUGGUUAGAGUUCUGGUAAAAGUCACAAUUAGGAAUAUUUCUAAUUAAUGACAGUAUCUCUUGCAGUUCCAGUAACUGAUGUCACAAAGUAGUGAUUAAGCAUGCUAAUGUGCAGGGGUAAUGUAAGGAUUGUUAGCUUACCUAAAUAUUCACAAUUACUUUUGAAGCUUCAAUGUUUUCUGAUUUUUAAGACUUCAGAGGUGGUCUGUAAUGGAUUCAACUGUUUAAUUUGUAGUAUAAUGAAAUGUUUACAGAAAGAAAUUUUUCAUUAAAAUAUUUUUAGAAAUGUG